CUAAUUUUGUUUAUUUUUUCUGUCUUUAAUCUAUUUUUCUUCUUCUCAUGGGAGAUCCGCCGCGUUCGACGACAGUCGACUUCUAUGGUAUCCUUGGAAUUUCUAAAAGUGCAACCAUUAAAGAAAUGUGUAAAGCUUAUAAAUCUCUUGUUACAUUAUGGCAUCCUGAUAAAAAUCCAUCCAACAAAGAUGAAGCUCAGGUCAAAUUUCGACAAAUUAACGAAGCCUACAAGGCUCUUAAUGAGAAAAAGAUUCAAGAAACUCCAAUGAAAAUUGCUUACGAGCCAAAAACACCACCCCCGAGAGAUUUUCCAUCUCGAGGUGGUUCGUCACACCAUAACAAAAGCAUGGACGAAAGCUUCUUUUCUCGGCCUUCCGUUCAAACAAAUAUAAACAAAAAAAGCCGAAUAUCUUCCCGUAGUCCUACGCAAUUGUCGAGAAAUGCAAGCCGGAGGAGCACUUCUCCGGCACAAGAUACCUCUCGAUCAAAAAGUACGGGUAGAAACAUGAGACGAACAACUUCUCCAAACCCUAAAAAUUACUUAAGUACUAGCCCUGGCAGUUCUCCUGCGCUGCCUAAUAAAUCUAGGUCGAAAAGCACGGGUAGAAGAAGAGCUUCGGACACUGAAAUUCCUUCUUCAAUCAUAAGUCCGACAAGAAUGGGUGCUACGCCGAUUGUAUACUCUCAAUCAACUGCUUGGAGAAUUCCUUCACCGGUUGAGAGGAAGUUAGAGUGCACACUGGAGGAAUUAUGCCAUGGAUGUGUCAAGAAAAUUAAGAUUACUAGAGAUAUUAUCUCAAAUGGAAUAAUCAAGAAAGUAGAUGAGACCCUGAAGAUAAAAGUGAAGCCAGGAUGGAAGCAAGGAACAAAGAUAAAAUUCGAAGGAAAAGGCGACGAAAAACCAGGAUAUCUCCCCGCAGAUAUAAUUUUCUUGAUAGACGAAAAACGACAUCCAUUGUUCACACGAAAUGGCGACGAUUUAGAGUACGGACUUGAAAUCCAAUUAGUUCAGUCUCUUACAGGAUGUUCUAUAUCAGCUCCAUUACUCGGGGGAGAAAGAAUGUGGUUAUCAUUCGACGAAAUUAUAUACCCAGGUUAUGUAAAGAUCAUUCAAGGGCAAGGUAUGCCUACUAAAACAGAAGGUAAAAGAGGCGAUUUACGAAUUACAUUUUUCGUUGAAUUUCCUUCGGAAUUAAGUGAUGAACAACGGACCGAAGCUGCAAGUAUUUUACAAGAUUGUUCUUGACAAUUAUUUUGAUUUUUAUGUGAAUUUUAUUACUUUAAUAGAAAUUUAUUACUAGUCUUGUAGUCUUUUGAAGAAAGAGUGUGCAUUGUGCCAUUGACUUGUAUACUUUCAUGCACUCUUAUGUACAGAUACAGAGAGUUCUUUUUGAUUUAAUCAUCCGAUAUUUGAUCACUUUAUGUGUUUGUUCGGUUCGACUAUAGCUCAAGAGAGGAGUGAAUUGUGCUCUUUAAAAUUUAAAACUAAUAGGUAAAUUUAUUUAAUAUUUUAACAAAUUAUUGUGUCAAGAUAGUGGGUAAUUGAUUUUCAAGGUAUACAAACUUCGUUUUAUUCUAUUUUGGUUUUCGAACUUUAUAUUUUUCCUUUUUAUUUACAUACUUUAGUUGUUUUUCAACCGAAGAUUUUCCGGACAAAAAUGCUUACAUGAUAAUUUAUUUAAAAAUUUGUCAUGUAUCAUGUAUGCAUAAUUUCGUCUAGAAACUCUUCUCUAAAAUAAAAUUAUAUAUGCAUGACAAGUUUUCCAAGAAAAACUAGUAAAAUCCGGUUUCCACAUGGAAAAAUCUGGUUUCCAUGAAGCAUUUUAGCCGGAACAACCUCCAAUUGAAAACCCUUUGAAAACCCUCCGAGAGACAAGUUGAAUCUGAUAAACCCUUUUUCAUUCACCUAAAUACUUUUCAAGCAAAACCAAAUCUAGGGCUCGUAUUUCUUCCAUGGCACCAUCUCCCUGUGACUGUGCUGCAAUUCCAGAUUCAACUUGUCUCUCGGAGGAAGUGGGAGAUGAACAUCGUAUUCUGACAGCUUUCGAGUUCUUCCUUAUUCUGAAAUUAUGCAUAAAUGUCAUUAUGAUGCAGAUAAAUAUGAAAAACAGUUGGAGAUCUGUGACUGUAAAUGUCAUACCAGUUGGAGAUCUGUGACUGUAAACCUUUUCAUGCAGUCAUGAUGCUUUUCAAGGGAGAUGUUUUCGAUGUUCGUAAGAAUCGCGGAUGCUGCUAUCACUGAAGGCCGGAAUUGUACAAAUUUUACAGCUGCGAUUAUAAUAAAAAUAUCAUCAGAAUAAUGAUAAGUUCAAAUUUAGCGCGGCACGAUUUAUGAUCGAUUAUUUGUACCUCCAUGUGAUUGAGUUAUCAGGCGAAUCACAUUUGAUUUGAACUGCGUUGCUCCUUCUUCUACUAUAGACAGGAAGCUCGGAACGUAGAAUAGCGCAUUUACACAAUCCUCUGGCGGACCAGUUCUUUUGAGAAUCAGACUCUCCAUCUUGUCAAUAUCUUUUUCAUCAAUCUUCAUUUUUGGCCAGUUUUUCUGUUCAAACAAAGAGGCUUAUGCUAAAUAAGCUAUGUAGCACCAACAUGGAUACGUAGAAACGAGAUACUUGGAUAUAGACACGGUGAAACGUUCUUAUUUUAAGGUAUUUUAUGUUAAAAUUGAA